AUGAAGCCUGUCGCGCAGGGUGCCAUAGGGGACGCACCGCUGGUCACAAAGGAAGUCGUAGCUACAAGCUCUAGCUCGAUACGCAGCAUUCAAUCCUCAUCAAGCCUUGUUUCCCCGGCAAACCCCAAGUCUCGGAGCCCACGCACUCGAGCCACGCCUCGAGCAGCAUCCCACGAUGUCCUUGCUUCAAACAAGUGGUACUCUGCCUCUGCGCUCGAUAUCGUCCAAGCACUGGUUCUUCCUGCCAAAGACGAUCAACCUGAUGGCUCAUUUAUAGCGCAUGGUGCAACUCGGUUCCUGCGCUGCUCGAUCCUGAAAGCUCUCAAAUUGGAGGUCGCUAGACUUCGUUUCAACGAAGCCGUGGCGAAUAGUCAUGGAAUGAGCGGUGCUCCAAGCUCGUUUGGUGACAGGGAGCUCUUCGAGCUCGGUUGGAAAGCGAACUCGGGCGGUAUUCUCUCCGCGCGCUUCGAGACAUUUGGCACCGGUUUGCGAGAGGCCGUAGUAGCAUGGAGACAAAAGGCAUUAUCCUCUGCGACUGUUAAUAAUUCCGCUGAGACGAUCCUCAUUGAGUGCUGUGGCAUAGUGUCAGACGUUCUCGCCGUAUGCCCAGAUGGUUCGGUGAUCGAAGUUCCCCGCUUCACAGGAGAAAUAAUUGAAGAGCUCAGCGAAUAUGUCCAAGCUUAUCGUUUGCUAGAUGGGACAAUAUACCGCCUGAGGUUGAGCACUAUAUCCACGGCACCAACGCCUCUGCUCCACAGCAUCACAGAACUGCUGCGGCUGCCACUCGGUGAGACCGUCACGAAACCAUCAAUAGGCUCUAUUCUUCUCAAACUCAGCGGUCAUCUCAACGACAACGAUGGCUUGUCGGUCAUCAAUCACCUCGUCGCAAAAUCGGAACUCUCGCCUUCCCAUCCGGAUUGGGCUGCAAAUUUUCAUACUCUCAUCGCUUCCUUCUGUGGAAACCUCCGCGGUCAUCCCAAGUCACGGCGUGCUAUCGCGCUACAACUUGCGAAGGUCUACGCCGAAAUCACCGACAUUGAACAGGAGGAGCUACGAGCUGAGAUUGUUGGAGACAUGGUCGCUAUGUGGGAACAAACACUCUGCGAGGAGACUAAUGAGGAUAUUUUGACUGCUGCGUUCGACAUUAUGAGCGCAGAAAUCGUUCUAGCUACCAUGGCAGACGAGUCCGCGGACCAACCUGCUGACAAGAGAGUCGAGUGGAUAUCCAUCGCCCACAGAAUCCGCGACCUGUGGUUCAAGCUGGCCGUCACAUCUCCUCCGUACUACGAAAGUGAUCGGUUGACUCUAUUACAGAGCCCAAUCCCGAUAUCAACAGGCUUUCACACACCUUCUAUCGUUUCCACGCCCGCUGUCGAUCAAGCCCUUCAAAGCCCAAGCACUACUACGCUGGUCGCCUCGACUUCGAGUGACACACCACCAGCUGUAUCCAUGGCAGAGCCUACGGUCAACGGGAUACAAGAAACAAGCUCGCCUCGGAAGGGACAGGCCGUUCUCGCGGUCAUAUUCCUCAUCAAAGCGUUCAACAAGCUUUCAUUCCGCAGUCCCCAGAGUCUCAAAGUCUUGUUGACGGACGCAUCCGACCUCAUUGGCACUGACCGGAGGGACCCAGCUGGAGUAGAUGCCAACGGCAGACCUGCGCCUGCCGAGCGUCUUCAAUGCCCCAAAGCACGCCUUGUCAUCCUGCAAUGGCUCCUGCGGCUAAGAGCGGAUAGAGAUCAUCGGGUGUACGCAGUGGGUGAAAUCGAGGCCGAGGUGCUUCCUCUUGCAAGGCUCGUCUAUCGUGCACAACGCCCCAAAGCUGCGGACGGUCAAAAUCAAUCUGAACGGACGGGUCGAGAUCUUCCAUCCGCACUCGCAGAACGUCGUAGAAAUCGGGCGGAAACUAGGGGUGCCUCGGAUAUGCGCGCUCGGACAUUGGAGCGUGAUAGAGAGCGAGAGACAGCAAGUAGGGAUCAUACGCGCGAGCCACGCAGUCGUGGUGCAGAAGUUCUAAGUGCCUCGGCGUCUCGCAGUCGGUCACGACCACCAGCUUCGCCGGGAGUCACGAGAAGCCUGGUCCAGAGGCCCCAGGAGAUGAUAUGGUACCUACCUGAUCCUCUCGCUGUGGAGUUGGAACGGCAUGCAAUGCGACCGAGCCCAGCAAUGACAACGUUCACCAGUACUCGAGGAGAAGAAGGCAGCUUUUGGCUCCACGUUGACUACUACGUGGAGACUCUGAUUACGCUGCUGGAAUACGAAGGCGACUGGGAGAUUAUCUCCUACAUACUGUGCCAUCUGCCUCUGCAGCUGUCGAACAAGCAUUUCUUUUGUGGACCCAAAACCAAAAUCCAAAUCAGGAAGCUUGUCCUCGUCAUCUGCAACGCAAUAAAUGACGAUAAACUGCACUCCAAUCUCGAUUCCUCCCUUCCCUACGAUCUCAAGGCCGUCGACGUUCAGGCCCUCCUUUAUCACACUCUCACUGUCCUCAUCAGUUACCACAAAAUAUUCGACCCUGAUGCCGGUGGCUAUGAUCAAGCCUAUCUUCCGGUAAAGUCGAACAUUGUGGAGGUAAUAUUUCGCGGACUUGCGAGAGACGGAGUGACGAAUAAGCCUUGCCUCGAGGCACUUUCACUUGCUGUGUACGAGCUGCCCGAUCAAGUCGCCAAGUUCACGGCACCAAUCGUCGAGAAGUUGUCGAGAAUUAUGAGCAAUCCCAACAUGGCCGUUCAUAUCCUCGAACUCUUGAUGAUCAUCGGUUAUACUCCAAAACUAUAUUCUGGCUCAUUCCGUGAGGAAGAGUACAAAAGGGUUUUUGGUGUGGCGCUUCUCUAUAUUGAGCAUCAUUAUAGACCAGAUGCGAAAACCCUUCGAACCAGCGAUGGACGAGACUCAUUUGCCUUGGCUCAGCAUGUGCUGAACACGGCGUUCUUCGUCAUCUACAUAUGGUUUAUGGCCAUCAAACUAGAGGACAGGGCGCGCUACGUUCCGUUCAUUACCAAUAAGCUUAUCAGCGCCAACAGCCGGAACGAGCAAUUGGAGCCAACCACGGAGAUCUGCUUUGACUGGCUUGCUCGUUACGCAUACAGCAAUGCUGAUCCCAAGUCCGCUUCAUCAUUUCUCUAUCGGUCUAUAGUCGCACCAUCUGCAGGUGCCUUCAACGUCAACAAGAGCUGGGACGAGCAGCAUGAAAAUGAGAUGCUCAACGUGUCGGCCAUCAAGGCGUGGAAGCUUGGUAACUCUAUUGUAACAAUUUCAACCAUGAAGCAUCCACCGGGAUGGGUCAGAAUAGUUUCGAGGCGACCUUCUGGUCUGACAGAACUAAUAUGCCGUUUGGAGAAUUGGCCGCAUGUCAGUCCAGGUGAUUUCGCCCCGGAUCUGACGUCUAUGCCCGUCACGAUGUUAUCAGAAAGGCCAGUCCACGAGGAGGGUGACGAGUCAUUGGAUGUAGAUGAGAAUUAUCUCACUGCCCUCAUCAACGAUAUUGUAGAGCAGUCUGAUGUGAUUCAAGACAUCCAGAAACCUGACCCCAUCAGUGGAUACGUAUGGUCUGGUGUCGCGCCUUCACAGCGUCGGAAGGAAGUGACGCUUGACCCAGCGUACAUUGCACUUCUCCUCUCUGCCUACCCUGUCGGAAUGAUGACACGACCUAGUCGAUUUCCGGAUUACAACGCAUUAAAGGAUACGUUGCGUGUGAUUGACUUCACUCCAGUCAUCGACACUCAUAAAGUUGGCGUCCUCUAUGUUGCCCCAGACCAGACAAAGGAGUCCGAGAUCCUCCGAAACAGACACGGUUCCCCCGCGUACACCCGUUUUCUGGCAGAACUUGGUCGCGUCAUCAAACCCAGCAAUCAACUCGAAGUUUACACUGGCGGAUUGCGGUCGGAAACCCAUGGAGAUUAUGCAUAUGCGUGGUGGGACGAUAUGAGUCAGGUCAUUUAUCACGUAGCCACGGUGAUGCCUAAUAUUCACAACUGUCUCUACAAAAAGCAAGAAAUCGGGAACGACGGCGUCAAAAUUAUUUGGAAUGAUGGAGGGACACCAUUCAAAUUCGAUACUAUUCCAUCCGAGUACACGCUGAUCAAUGUGAUCGUCGAGCCUCAUUCGAUUGGUGCACGAGGGGCGUACUCGGAUAACAAACACGAGAACGAGUUCUUCAAAAUUACUCUCCAGACAGCACCCACGCUGCCACGCAUCACCCCAAUUGGCGAGUUCAAAAUCAUUUCCGCAGAGAAGCUCUCCAUGGCCCUUCGACAUUUUACUCUUCAGGCCUGUCUUUUCUGCCGAACAUGGGAGAUGACAGGCCAGGAUGGUGAUCACGUCAUUCCGUUGCAAACCAAUUGGCAAACCCGCCUAAAAUUCAUCCAAAACUCUGAGAGUAAACUACCACCACCACGACCAGAACCCGCGGACCAAGAUCAGCACGCUUCCACCCUGGUCCAUCGCGCUGCCUCGCGGGACUUUACUUUAGCCUAUUAG